AUGCUAGGGUCAUCUAACAGAGGCGAGGAGCUCGCUCACCACAGAAUCUGGCAUGCUGCUUCUGCGAUUAUCCGUCGUCGAGCUCGUUGCGAGACCACUAUGACCCCUAUCGAGAUGCAUCUCAAGGUCGCUCUGAGACUCCCAUUCGGUAUUCCGUGA